UACACACGUGACACGUCCCUAACCUUACAAAAUGAUAUUGAUAGCGUUGUUUUGAUAGCAUGUGAAUUUCUCAAAACAAAUAUUUAAUUAGGGCUGUAUUAGCAAAACGUGAAACCAUGUUGGUGCUAUUUGAGACACCUGCGGGUUAUGCCAUAUUUAAGCUUUUGGAUGCGAAGAAGCUUAAGGAAACCGAUAAUUUAUACAAUGACUUCGAAACACCAGAAGCAGCCAGUAAAAUAGUGAAAUUGAAGCACUUUGAGAAAUUCACAGACACAACCGAAGCGUUGGCGGCAACCACAGCGGCAGUUGAGGGGAAACUUUCGAAGAGUCUCAAGAAGGUGCUGAAGCAAGUGAUAAGUAAAGACGUGCAAGAUCAGCUAUUGGUUGCCGACUCAAAAUUAGGAAACGCCAUAAAGGAUAAAUUUAGUCUGCAAUGUGUAUCAAAUACUGCCGUACAAGAACUGAUGCGAUGCAUACGCUCACAAUCGGACAGCUUAAUAGCUGGACUGCCAAAGAAGGAGAUGACGGCAAUGGCCUUAGGGUUAGCCCAUUCCCUUUCGAGAUACAAACUAAAGUUCUCGCCCGAUAAAAUAGAUACCAUGAUAAUUCAAGCGGUAUCUCUAUUAGACGAUUUGGACAAAGAACUCAAUAAUUACAUCAUGCGAUGCAGAGAAUGGUACGGCUGGCAUUUUCCAGAAUUGGGAAAGAUAAUCACGGAUAACACUGCCUUUGUAAAAAUAGUAAAAAUCCUAGGCACUCGUGACAACGCUGCCACUUCAGAUUUGUCGGAUGUUCUCAAUGAAGAACUGGAAGAGCAGGUCAAGGAAGCCGCGGAAAUAUCGAUGGGUACCGAGAUUUCAGAGGAGGACAUAAUAAAUAUUCAAAAUUUGUGCGAUCAGGUCAUCGAAAUUACGAGCUACCGAACGCAGCUGUACGAUUAUUUGAAAGCUCGCAUGCUCGCAAUGGCACCAAAUUUAUCGAUUUUAGUGGGUGAUCUAGUGGGCGCGCGGUUGAUUUCGCAUGCCGGUUCAUUGAUAAAUUUAGCCAAGCACCCCGCAUCUACCGUGCAAAUAUUGGGAGCAGAGAAGGCACUUUUUAGGGCCUUGAAAGCGAAAAAGGACACCCCUAAGUAUGGUCUGAUUUAUCAUGCGCAAUUAAUCGGGCAGGCCAGUUUGAAGAAUAAGGGUAAAAUGUCGCGAAUGCUUGCUGCGAAGGCAGCGCUUGCGACUCGUUACGAUGCCCUGGGUGAAGACGGGACCAGUUUCGAUUUGGGGGCGGAACACAAGGCAAAGUUAGAAGCUCGACUUCGAAUUUUGGAGGAGGGGAAUAUCAAGCGAAUUAGUGGAACUGGUAAAGCUAAGGCAAAAUUCCAAAAGUACCAGGGUGUUAGUGAAAUCAAAACUUAUCCUACGGCCGCUGACUCUACACUGAAAAGAAAACGUUCGGAGUCGUCAGAUCCUGUUACCGAAGAAGCGCAAGCAGAAACGUCAGUUACCCCAAAGCAGAAAAAGAAAAAAUCCAAGAAGGAAUCAAACGCGGAAGAAGGCAAGGUUAAGGAUGAGCCAGCUGAAGAAGUCCAACCUAUCACACCAAAGCAGAAGAAAAAGAAAUCUAAAGAGCAAGUUACUGUGAAAGAGGAAGCAGAAGAUGAAACGAAGAUUAAAGUAGAAGAGGGAAGUGAAGAAGCACAAGUGACUAAAAAGAAGAAAAAGAAAAAUAAGCAAGGUGAAGGGAUGGACGCAUCCACAUCUGCGGUAGUAGAGCAAGAGAUUAAGGAAGAGCCACAAGAUACAUCGGUUAGCGAAAAGAAGAAAAAGAAGAAGAAGAAACAUAAGACAGAAGAUGCUGCGGAAUAAUUUUGUUUAAGUUUGAGUACAGAUGUAAGUUUAAUAAACAUUGAUGUAGACAUAAGAAAUAAUAUCCAUUUAGUUUAUUACGAAUAUAAAUUUGUAAUUAAUUUUUUAUUUCAAGGGGAAGUAACGUAAGCAUAAAUAUAUGUUGCUAUUUUCUGA